AUGCUGGAGAGUCAACUUUCAUCUCAAGAGCAGGGUAACGAGGCCGUGUUGGCAGAACCCGUGGCACCGCCUGUAUCCCUGCCGCCAGAAACAGCCACCAGCCAGGUCACCAUGGACUCUGUGGAAUCUGUUGCUGGCCUUUUCUCAAUGAGAAGAGACUCAAUCUCAGACUCUGACGUCUUCUUCCCAACUCCUCUUGUCGACUUCACCGGAUUUCCCGACUUGAGUUUGGUUCCCGAACCACCCAUCACGCCACCGACAACGUGUUCCAGCACUCAGUCUUUCAGUAUUCCCGAGCUGACUCAAUCUGAGCUAGACCAGUUGUAUUUCGAUAGAAUACAUGCUUCAAUUCCCAUUCUCCACCAACGACGAUACCUGUCGUGGUCCAAAGCCAUGACCAAGACCAAGUCACGCAUUGCACUGCAAUACUCAAUGUGGGCGCUGGCAGCAAUGCUGUCGGCCCAGUUCAAACACUUGGCUGAGGGCUUCUAUCAGAACGCAAAGCAGACACUCGACGGAGCGAACUUGACUUACAUGGGGCAAGCCGUAACAGUUGACGUUGAGCUUACACAAUCCUGGAUUCUAGUCGCCACUUACGAGUCCAUGCGAACAUGCUACAACGAGGCUUGGGAAAGCGCUGGUCGUGCGUUCCGGCUCGUGCAACUGAUGGGAUUUCACGAAUUGGACGGACCUGGUACAACUACUGCAAUCGACAACGAUGCCGUGUUAACAGAGGAAAAGCGAAAAGCAUUCUGGAUGGCGUAUUUUCUCGACUACUUGUUUUGCAUGAGAAAUAAUCUCCCGGUUACUAUAACUGAGCACGCUAUUUGUACUCGCCUCCCGGGGCCGGAUGCUGACUUUCAGAGUGGUCAGCCUGUUGAGGCAGGAUAUCUCUCUGAAUCAAUUGUUGACCGCAACCCUCGCGUCAAGUCACCAUUCAACGAAUGCGUCAUCUUAGCCGCUAUCUGCGGACGCACCUUAUUUCAUAUUCAGCAGUGUAAUACACGGUCCGUAAACCGUGAUUUGGACUUUUCAUGGCCUGACUGGCACGGCUGGCUCGACAAUGUUCUGGCUUUGAGGCUGCAAAUUCUCUCCCAGAAUUACCCAUCCCCGGCUAGUUCUUACGACUCAAUGCUGUUAUUUGUCAAUAUCAUGGCUAAUGCAUUUAUUGUAUGCCUCUACCGGAGCAUCGGCUCGAUGGACUGGCCCAGCACACAGAGUACAUCAAUGCAAAUGGAGUAUCGACAAUGUGCACUAUCGUCUGUGGAGAAGGUCAUUACCCUUUCACAAGCUCUGACAGACUUCCACUUUUCCAAGGUUCAUCCAUUAAUGCCCAUACCGCUGCUCUUGAGUGCCGAGUAUUUGUAUUCCAACCACGCAUCCUCCGCAGCCUCCUCCUUGCUACGGAAACUAUUCAAAACCUUCCGGCACUUAAAAAAUGUCAAUAAUCCUGAAGAGAGUUAUAAUGACUUGCUCAAUCUCACAUAUGUAUUCCCCACCAUUUAA